UAUCUGCAGGCCACAAUAACAGUGGGGGGACAUUUGUUAACUGCAAUCAUAAUUGAGCACUUCAUAUUGAGAUUACCAUAUCACUUAAAAUAUACUUGCUCAAAGUCUGGAAAAAACGAUGAAAUGAAGAUUCAUAGCACGUUUGGUUUGGAGUGGUCUGAACCAUUGAUCACAUUUGCACUCUCUUGUGGAAGUUGGUCCUCCCCAUCUGUGAGGGUGUACACUGCACCUUGCAUUGAGACUGAGUUGGAAGCAGCAAAAAGAGAUUAUUUACAAGCAGCAGUUGGCAUUUCAUCGACUAACAAGUUAAUGAUACCAAAAUUAUUAGAUUGGUAUCUUCUUGACUUUGCAAAGGAUUUGGAUGCAUUACUAGAUUGGGUAUGCCUACAGCUACCUGAUGAACUUAGGAACAAAGCAGUUAAAUGCCUUGAAAGAAAAGGAAGAGUGUCUCUCUCAAAUUUAGUACAAGUGAUACCUUAUAAUUUCAAUUUCAGAUAUCUUUUACGCCAGUGAGAAUUUCGUUACCUUCUCGAAACAUUGAAUGCAUGUUUGGCGGACAGUAUUAUCUUGUAUUGUUGAGUCGUCUCCAAUUCUGUGUACUAAACAUGCAAGAUUCAAGAAUUCUUUGCAUUUCUUGGAGCGUUUGAGAUGCAAGUGUACGCACUAGUAUAUAAGACAGAAUACUUCUUGUAAUAAUCUUAAGAUUUACUGUUAGGGGACUGGAUUAUCUAUGUUAGUGUGGUGAUCAGUCCAUUAAGAUUUGUCUUUAUUUUUUUUAUUUUUUAUUUUUUGAAAUAAUUGUCUGAAACACUAGAUACCAAAAUCAAGGCUUCUCCAACCUCGAAUCUCACGAGGGUUUCAAAGUUUCA